AUGGGUUUCUCAAGCAUAUUCCAGAAGUCUUCUGUCGCUAAGUACGCACAAGGCAUAAAGGAGACUCCUCGCCAUAUCAUCUUCAAUGGCCCUCUUUGGUUCAGCUCCUUUUUGUACGCCCUGUCAGCGAUACCUCUAACCUGGGAGCAGGGCGCAUCUGCUGUGAUACCUAGUCUUCCGGGCUUUCAGAAGCAGUUCAAAGUUUCAUCUGGAGCGGAUGCUGACGCUAUCUCAAACUAUCUCUCCAUCAUCUACAUCGGGUAUGCGAUAGGAGCAGCCCUCUCAUUCUUCGCUAUUGAUAGCAUCGGCCGUCGCUGGGCCUACCGGGCUUACAUACUUCUCUUUAUCAUCGGUCAGAUUAUUUGCAUUUUCGCACCGAAUAUGGGAACCCUGUACGGUGCACGUAUUAUCACCGGGAUGGGCAUCGGUUCCCUCAGUGUUAUCGGGCCUAUGAGUAUCGCUGAAAUCUCGCCAAAGGAGAUUCGCGGUCUCCUUACCUCCUGGUAUACCGUAUGCCAAGGUAUAGCCCUUACCACUGCUAACUUCUGUGUUCUCGGCAUUAUUAAGCACAUCCCCAACAGCAAGGUUCAAUAUCAGAUCCCCUCCGCUGCUGUCUCUGGUUUUAUGUUUCUCUGUAUCCUUGCUAGUUUCUUCAUCACCGAGUCCCCUCGCUGGCUGCUGAUGGUUGGGCGUCGAGAGGAGGCGGUAGCUACGAUGGCCAAGCUACGCCAGCUGCCUCGGGAUCACGAGCGUAUCAUAGGAGAACUGGCUGACAUGGAAGCAUCUAUCGCCGCAGCCCACGGUGAUUUCGGUGGCAAGCCCAGCCUCUGGGUUGUGGCCAAGGAAACCUUCACCGUGGGCUCAAACCUUCGUCGUCUCCAGCAAGUUGCCAUGUGCUAUGCCCUUGCCCAGCUCUCUGGUGCCAAUUCGGUUACCAGCUACUUUAUCCCUAUUAUGAAGCUCUUGGGACACUCAAGCGACACUCAAUACUCCAUUUUCCUUAGCUCUAUGUAUGCAUUCUCCAAGCUUUGGUUUAGUUUGAUUGCCUCCUUCUUCUUUAUCGAUAUUGUUGGACGCCGCCGCUCCCUUUUCAUCGGAAUCGCCUUCCAGACCAUCUCGCAUAUCUAUAUUGCUGUCUUUAUCAAAUACCAGCAGCAGGGCCAGACGAAUGCCGCCUCUGGCCAAGCUGCUAUUGCAGCUCUUUUCGUCCAUGCCUUUGGCUACGCUGUCGGCCUCUUCAUUCUACCAUAUGUCUUUGGCGGCGAGCUUUGGCCUGAUAGAAUCCGUUCGUUUGGUGGUGCCGUUGGACAGACUUUCCACUGGCUGUUCAUCUUCGCUAUCAAACAGUCUCUCCCCAGUCUUUUACACAACACAAACAACUGGGGUGCUUUCCUUUUCUUCGCUGGCUGGUGUGUCCUCGGCUUGAUUUACAUAUACUUGAUGGUGCCUGAAAUCGCGGGUCUGAGUGUCGAGGAGGUCGAUAAGAUCUUCGAAGGCUCCUGGCUCAACGCAAUAAAGGUUACCCGGGCUCACCGUGCCCAGACACGCGCCUUCGACACUAUGGACGGCGUGGAAGAUGCUGGUUCUGAAACCGGCAAGCGGUCCGACAACAUCAUCUCUAUCAAAGUCUAA